AUGUCCUCUCCAAUUUCAACCUCCCAGCCAAACCCAAGAUCUGCCCUACCACCACCACCACCACCACCACCACCUCAGCCCUUUGCAGUCAUCGCAAACACCGCACGUCAUCCAGAUCGGAUCACACCGAACGCCUCCAUCGCGAAGUAUUCAACCCCUCUAUCGCGAAGUAUUCAACCCGUCCACCCUAAACCCAGAGGCCGUCCCGCGAGAAAAUCACUCGGCCAGACUGAACAAACGUCGUUUACAGUUUCACCAGUACCAGGUGAUCGGAAGAGCUUUGCUGACCGAGGCCGACGAGCACCCUACCGGAUGAAGCUAUGGGCGACCAAUGAGGUCCGAGCCAAGUCGAAAUCCUGUCUCGAGGUAGACCUCUCCUCCAGCAAGAAUAUCUCUUCUCCACGACAUUUUAAUGGUCUAAUGGCGAGUUUAAAGGUUCUGCAAAAUGGCGCCUCGUGGCGUGCUCCCGAUAGCUCAAUGUCGAGUCCCUAUAGAAGUUCGACGAGGGCCUCUGGCUAUGAGAAAAUUUCGAGCGUAAUUUUUACUGCUGGACACUCUAUCCAGAUUUUCCCUUCCUCAAUUCUGGUCAAUGCUCCAAUCCAGGCUCAGGCCAGCUAG